AUGUGCGCCGGCGACGCAGAUUGGGAAUGUGCGCCGGCGACGCAGAUUGGGAAUGUGCGCCGGCGACGCAGAUUGGGAAUGUGCGCGGGCGACGCAGAUUGGGAAUGUGCGCGGGCGACGCAGAUUGGGAAUGUGCGCCGGCGACGCAGAUUGGGAAUGUGCGCUGGCGCGCAGAUUGGGAAUGUGCGCUUACGCGCUGAUUGGGAAUGUGCGCCGGCGACGCAGAUUGGGAAUGUGCGCUUACGCGCUGAUUGUGAAUGUGCGCCGGCGACGCAGAUUGGGAAUGUGCGCGGGCGACGCAGAUUGGGAAUGUGCGCCGGCGACGCAAAUUGGGAAUGCGCUUACGCGCAGAUUGGGAAUGUGCGCUUACGCGCUGAUUGGGAAUGUGCGCGGGCGACGCAGAUUGGGAAUGUGCGCCGGCGACGCAGAUUGGGAAUGUGCGCCGGCGACGCAGAUUGGGAAUGUGCGCGGGCGACGCAGAUUGGGAAUGUGCGCCGGCGACGCAGAUUGGGAAUGUGCGCGGGCGACGCAGAUUGGGAAUGUGCGCCGGCGACGCAGAUUGGGAAUGUGCGCGGGCGACGCAGAUUGGGAAUGUGCGCCGGCGACGCAGAUUGGGAAUGUGCGCUUACGCGCAGAUUGGGAAUGUGCGCUUACGCGCUGAUUGGGAAUGUGCGCGGGCGACGCAGAUUGGGAAUGUGCGCCGGCGACGCAGAUUGGGAAUGUGCGCGGGCGACGCAGAUUGGGAAUGUGCGCGGGCGACGCAGAUUGGGAAUGUGCGCCGGCGACGCAGAUUGGGAAUGUGCGUGGGCGACGCAGAUUGGGAAUGUGCGCCGGCGACGCAGAUUGGGAAUGUGCGCUUACGCGCAGAUUGGGAAUGUGCGCUUACGCGCUGAUUGGGAAUGUGCGCGGGCGACGCAGAUUGGGAAUGUGCGCCGGCGACGCAGAUUGGGAAUGUGCGCGGGCGACGCAGAUUGGGAAUGUGCGCCGGCGACGCAGAUUGGGAAUGUGCGCGGGCGACGCAGAUUGGGAAUGUGCGCGGGCGACGCAGAUUGGGGAAUGUGCGCCGGCGACGCAGAUUGGGAAUGUGCGCGGGCGACGAAGAUUGGGAAUGUGCGCCGGCGACGCAGAUUGGGAAUGUGCGCGGGCGACGCAGAUUGGGAAUGUGCGCCGGCGACGCAGAUUGGGAAUGUGCGCUUGCGCGCAGAUUGGGAAUGUGCGCGGGCGACGCAGAUUGGGAAUGUGCGCGGGCGACGCAGAUUGGGAAUGUGCGCCGGCGACGCAGAUUGGGAAUGUGCGCUUACGACGCAGAUUGGGAAUGUGCGCUUACGACGC